AUGUUUGUUCACAAGGAUACAUGGACCUUAGUCGAACAUGUAAUUACCGGAUUUCAAUCUUUGCCUCUGUCCAACGGUCAAGUUGUAAUUCACGGGCAUGAUUUUUAUAAUCAUGUUAUUUAUCUAACGAACCACCCUACUCUGUACGGGGGCAAUUAUUCUCAAUUAAGGAAUGAUUUUGUAGCGGUGCUAAAAGCAUUCGAUGAGUGUAAAAUCCGUCCUGUGUUCGUAUUUGGUGGUGUUGCGAUUUCCCCGCAAUCCAAACGGAACCUAGCCAUAGACAGACUACAAAGGCGAGUCAAUAGUCUGCAGCAAGACCCAAGCCCUAAUUCUGAUAAUGGUUCUUUCCUCACACCUGUUUUGACAAAGGAAAUUUUGCUUGAUGUUUUGAGAGAAAAAGGUGUUCCACACGUAACUUGUGACUCCGAUAUUGUCCCCGCUUGUGUGGCCUUGGCGGCCCAUCUCCGUUGUCCUUUAUUGGCGAACUGUUGUGAGUUGCUUUUCUUCGAGUUUGAAGACCCUGGUGAUAGUUGGGAUCGUUUUGUAUACAUUCCCUUGCGCUAUUUAUCCUUUAAACCUAUUCCACGUUCUACCAGUUCCGAUUGUAUGAGUCUCUCUGCUCAUGUAUUUUCCCCGUCGAAAUGCAGUCUUCACCAAAUUCCACACAUUUUGCGUCCAUUCUUUGCUAUCUAUUUCAAGCCUCCCACUGCUUCACAUUUUCCCAUUCCCCAUCGAGUUUACAGCGCUCUUAAACAUAACAAUCCCUAUCCUUCUCGUCCAAUGAUUCACCGUGCCAUGCAACUAAUUUCUUGGUUACGGUCGGCCAAUUCCCCUCUUGAAGUCCUAGAAGAAUCUUUAAGUUCAUGUGAAGGCAAGGUCGUUAUUUCAUUUAUUGAAGACCUCGUUUCCAUCACUUCAUUUCUUAAAAUCGACUUGGACCAAGGUAAAGAGUUGUCAAAAUUUCUGUUUCCUGAUUCCCCCUCUCUUCCUGCUACGCCCUAUCUAGUUGAAUCGGUGGAUUUGGUAACUCAUUUACUUCGACAGCCCUGUCCAGAUCAAUUUAGAAAAAUCGUCACUUUGAUUGAAUCCGAGAGCAGUUUAAUUGGAAGUAAAGGUUUGGAUUUGCUAACCAAACUCCCACCAUAUUUCUUGAAAUUAUAUCGUGAUGGUUAUAUUUCAACAGUUAUUUUUGGUCGACUUCUUUCGAGUCAGAUAACUACACCUAUCUUUGAAGAAAAUUUAAGUCGUAAUGCUGCCUCUGAUUCGUCUAUGUGUGUCCGUUUCCUACAGUACUGUUUGGCAUUGGAUUUCAUUAAGGAUAUUGGCUUUCAAAUAGAGCAUUUUGAAGGCUCUGAUGAACCGCAUAUUUCCGAAUUUUCUCGCUCAACAGAUGUUUCUAAUUUUAUUAUAACUAAAAUGAAAUUGAGAUCCUUGUCUGCUCUACCUGCAAAUCUGGAUGACUUGCCUCAAAUUUGUGCUUUUUUCAUUCAAAAAAACAUCGGCUGUCAGGUUAAGUCGGUGAAUAAUUGGAUUGAUAUAUUGGCGCUUACCCUAACAGUUUGGCAUAAGGCAUCACACAAGGAAAGUAGUUUGGACAUUUUGGAGCAGCCUACUGCUCUUGCAAUUGCUUUGAUUGCCUCCGUAUUGAUGGCGUCGAAUGGUGUUCUGACAUCUCAACAUCUUGACCAAAUAGCUGAUGGAAUGCCUCACGAACGCAAUGUGAAUAUUUUACACGAAAUCAGUGAACUCCAGCUUCUCUACAUCUCUUUUUUCACCCUGAUGCGAUUUUUUAGUGCUGUGGUCAUAUGUAAAAGCACUUCAUACAUGAAUAUGGCAAUGCUCAAACUCCCUCAAGGUGAUUGCUUCUUCUCCAACUCUCGUUUGAUUCACAACCUUGCUGCUGCUCUUGCUGAAUCACCAGAGAGAAAGUCCCUCAAUGUUUGGAUCAAAAAGAUUCUUUCUCCUGUUGAAAACAGUGCUAUUAUCAAAAAUGCUACUAUGAAUUUGAUGAUGCUCACUAGAACAGUCUGUGAAAUGCGAUCCAUCCGACCAAUGGAAUUUGAUCCGCAAAGUGAAAUCUUUCCAUUCCCUGUGAUAGAUAAUCAACAAGAAAAAAAUAGAGCACCCUCCGUUAUUAACAGACAAAUUCCAAGAAAUGGAUCGAGUAUGCGUGGAAAAAAAGUUCCGGAUGAGGGUAACUUCAGUAGUGAUAACGGCAGGCCCAAUAACCUUAACUCACGCAAUCGCGGACCCUCAAAACCCAGUUAUGAUGGAAAUAGAAAUAGAAAAUCGUUUCCUAUGCAAAUGAGAACUGUAUCUAAUCCAUUAAAUCCCUUUGCUUCUAAUGGCAACGAAGCGUCAAGGAAUCCGUUUGUGAAUAAAGACAUUGCAUAUCCACAACGGAAUUCCAUGUUUGCCUGUUCAAAUAGUCUUCAAGCAGAUAAAAUAACUAGUGGAGUUCAUGAAAACGGAGAUAAAGAUUCUGUUAAUGGACUUUCUUUUAAUUCGAAAAAUCCAUUUUUACCUGAUUUAACCAAGAAGGGCAAGUGUGCAGCAUCUGAAAUUGGUGAAAAGCCCAAAAAUGUGCUUGAUUUUGAUGCCAGAAAUUCGGUAAAAUCAUCCACCUCUGAAUUUGGCUACAGACCUCACUCUGGGCCUGCGCGACAGGCGUACUCAAGACCAGGAUCUGCCGUAUUUAAUCAGACCCCUUUCUAUUCAGAAAAUAGAAUUUAUCGAGAAGACUUAUGUCCCAGAAACUUUAAUAAUAAAACUGUACAUCCAGGUAGAGAUACGAUGGAUCCACGAAAAGCAUUUCAGAGUAAAUCAGGAGAAACCACCUUCAGAAAGCCAUUCUCUGUUCGACAACAAAGUGUCUUUCAGCCCAAACCUUCCUUUAAUAAUUUCCCGAAGCGGGGUAAUUCUAAUGCCAAUGGAGGAAGUCGUGGAAAACAAUCAUUCAAACCUAUGGGUAGAGUAUCUCGUGUCCACAAGAAUGGACCCCAGGAGAAUGAUCAGUCGAAAUGGAAGACGGAAGAUUUAGCUGUUGAAAUAGAAAAACUGGCUUUGGAAUUUAAAUGA